CUCCAUAUCAACCAAUCGCUGCUCUAAGACAGAGACACCAAGGAGGUGUACUUCCUGUGUUUCGCGAGAGAAGAAUGGGGCAGGAGAGAGGAGAGACUUAAGGACUUUAUUUUGCCAGGGGGUGUCCACACAGGCGAUCUCAUCGAAAGUAGAGGGCAGGGAAAAAGGCUCAAGUGGCAGACAGAGUUUUGCUUGAUUUAUUAGCGAUCUCUCUUUUAAGUAGCAGCCACUGAGAGGACAAGACAGAGAGAAGGAGGAGGAGAAAGAUAAGUGUCAAUCUGUUGAAACUUGUUUGGGAAUUUGAGGAAGGAGGGGAGGUGGGGAGAGAGAGGCAGCAAGAGGGAAAAGCAAGGGGAGCUUAGGCGUAAACAUUAAGUUUUUCACAGGAGUUCAAGUAUUUUAGAAAAGAGAGAAGCAGUUUUGUUGAGAAAAGGGAAGACAUUUGUUAUGUCAGCCAGACAAUGUGAAAACAGGGAAUGAAUUCUUGUGUGUUGUGCAAUCUCAUGCUUUUGAGCUGAGCUGGACCGGGAGGGGGGAGACCACAGAGCUCCCCAGGACACAACAUUCAGGUUCUCCAAAUUAUGAUACAAUGGGGACCAAAAGGCCCAGCUGCACCCUCUUUGACACUAACAUAAACACAUCAGACCGCAAGCUUCAACCAGGUGGAAAAAUCUCCCGGGAUCCAAGUCCAAGGCCAGCGAUGACCGCCCAGUCGGAGCGAGAGAGAGACCGAGAGGAAGACAGGAGGAGGGAGAGAGAAACUGAGAAAAUGAGAGACAAAGGGAGAUACAAAGAUUUGGACCCCCGGGAUAGAUGCUAUGAAAGAGACCGAGGUCCUGCACCCCGGCCCAGAGAGGGAGAGAGAGAGUGGAGGGAAAGAGACAUGAGGCAGGGGGGUGACAGAAGCAGAAACGGGAGGCCGCUAUCAAAUCUGGAGAAGGAGACAGAGAGGGAGGUGGAGAGGGGGCUAAAGAAAGGCGACACGUUUCCCAGAAUGACGAAAAGCAGUGCAGAUCGUAGCACAGGAAUGGCGACUGAAACAUAUGACAGGAGAGAGGACAGGAGGCAGAGAGACAGGCCGAAAAGAGUAGAUCCAGAUGAUUGGGAUAGAGAGAGGGCACGGCAGAGGGAGAAGUACAGAGAAAGAGAUGAGGUCCGAAGCAGGGGAAAAGAUGAGGGACAAGGGAGACCUGUGGAGGAUGAGAAAUCCCGAAAGAGGUAUCAGGAGUUUGAUGUCGGUUUACAAGACAAGAGAAGAGAAGUGGGUGAUUCUUGGGACAGAAGAGAAAGGGACGAAGUUAGAAAAAGAGAAAAGUCAAGGCCUAUCAUGGGAGACAGGGAGGCCAGAGUGCCGUCUCCUCACAGACGAAGAGACAGAGAGAUCUCAGACAGGAAAGAGAGGGAGAAGGCACAAAGCAGAGAGGGAAGGAGGGACACCAGGAGCGAAGGAGACAGUGACGAGAGAGAGCUGAAGAGGGAGAGAAUGAGGGACAGAGAGAGGCAGGAGUUGACAUAUCAACACAGCAGAAGCGAGGGGGACAACAAGGGCAAAACUUGGGAGAGAGAUCGAGAUAGGCAGGGACACCGCAAGGAGGACAGGCAGAGAUACAGAGACAGAGAAGUGGAUCAAUCCAGGAGAAAGGAAGGCACGGAGAGGUACAGAGAGGCUGACAGGAGAGCAGGGAGGGAGGAAAGUGCGAGAGACUUGAGGAAUGACAGGAGAGAGGAGGACAGAUAUAAAGAGCGUGAGCAGAGGAGAGGUAAGGAAAGGGAGGCUGAUCCGAGGUGGGAUGACUCAACAGGCAGAAGCAGCAGAUCCCAGACGGCCCCUAGGGUGCCGCCAAGAGCCCAGAGCAGCGGAGAGUGGAGCAGUGACAUGGACAGCGACAUGAGACACAGGAGAGGUAGGGACAGUUAUGAGGAAAGGGAAUCGGGGAGGGAGAGCACUGCUGAAAGCGACAGAGAAGAACAGAAAAAUACAGCUUCUGAGAGAAAAAGAAGUGAGACAGACAGAGGGGAAACGAUGGCACAGAGGAGGAUGUGGUUAGAGCCACAGAGGGGCAAGAGUAGUAAAGACGAAUUUGUUAACAGAGAGAGACACACAAGGGAGAGAGAAAGGAGGAGAGAAGAAGACAGGAGUGUAGAGUCGCAGGCUGAGUGGGAAAGAGCGGGGCGGCGAGUAAAAGAGGAACCAGAUGAGUGGUACUCGGACCAGAGCAGCUACAGAGGAAGACGUGAAGGGAAGACUGAACACAGGGGAGGCUCAGAGAGGGAGACAGAGGGUAUAAGUGUAGAUGGGGAGGACGUGGCUGAAGUCUGGAGAGAAGUAGAUAAGCGAGAGAAGGAAGAUCUGUCUGACAGUGAUGGAGGGAUAGAAGGAGGCAGGCGAAGGGAUGAGGAGAACUUGACAGAUAACACAGAGGAGAGUGACAGAGAGGAAGAGGGUGGCAGCGAUUCUUGGGCACGCUCUGAGAGUGAAGGAGGAAGUGAGACAGGGUGGAGGCAAGAGAGGGACAGAAUGCUGUCAGGAGAGGACGGCUUUGUGACCGUGUCUAGCGGCGGGGACGAGGAGGACGAAAGAGAGGAAGAAGAGUUUGUGGACUGUCCAGAGUUCUGGGAAAGUGGAGGCGCAUACGAUGGACCUUCAAGGUCAUCGUAUGCCGCCAAGAUGUGUGAGGGACAGGAGGAUAGGGAAAGGGACAGGGCAAUGGGAAAGGAGGAGGCAGCUGAUGAAGAGGAACAGGGGAAGAAGCCAAAGUACGUCUUCUGUGUGAUUGGGCAAACGCUGCCUAGGUCAAAAAGUGGAGAGAGGUCAGAUCACAUGGGAGGAUUGGAAAGAGAUCCAAAUUUAGACAGUCGUCAUCAUUGUAGUGAUGAGGACACACUGAAAGCUCAUCAUGACCUGCAUCUGACACUGACAAGAAAUGAUGAACGCACGGUCAUCAACAACCAGGACACAGAGAGCAGAAGUGACGUGCAGAGGGAGGACGAGCCAAGCACAGCAAAAACAACUGAAGUCAGACACAGAUCGUCGUCAGAGCUUCACAGAGACACCGCAGAGGGGAUGAGGAGCAAAGUGGAGCACCCGUACGCCGAAAUAGGGACAAUUAAAAGAGACUCACAGACCGAAAAACUCCUCAUUGAGUGGAGAGAGAAGAAUAAAGAAGAGGUUGAAGGAGAGCAAACCUCGCCAAUCCCGUGUAAUCCCUAUGGGGACGUUUGUUCUCAGGUGGAUUUUGAAAACAUUCAACCCCUCUUGGAAGGAAUUAACAUUGGAGCAAUGAGUCCAGAAGAGGUGGAGGCAAUUCGGAUCCGAAUGAGCGGGGCAUGGAGCAUGUCCGAGGAGCCCAAGCGGCAUUCCCAAGCCCCCCACCUUAAAUGGGCCAAAAGUGUGGUGCGAGAGAUUCUGGGACGCUCGGAGGAAAAUGCUGCGGAAGAACCCAAUGCAGAGGUAGAUCAAGGGGUCGAGCAGUCCGAAAUGGCGGUCGUGAAACAACAGGAAGCAGAAGAGAGCGGCAAAGUUUUAAAGUUGGACGAUCAGCACUGGGAACCGGAGCUGGAGGAGGAGGAAGAGCCGUUGGAGAUGGAGGAAUUAAGAGGUAUGGGGCCGAGCCAAGCCGACAUGCAUGCUGACCAGUGCUCUACUAUGCAUGGUGACACACCCACAUACACUCAUGCUGACACACUGUUAGACACUGAGGGGAAAGAGGAUCACAGUAUGGACAAAGACACUGAGCCGUCCGGUCAUCUUCAGUUAGAAAAAGCAGCAGUAGAGGUAAAAAUUAGCAAAAAAGCAGGGGAAUUAUCAGAAAUGGAAAAAGAAGAAAACAGAAAGAAGGAGGUGGAGAUGUAUUUAUCUGUUAGCAGCACGCUGUACAAGCCCAACAGCUGCCCUAUUCUUAAUUAUGAGUCUGACCUCCCUGUUCCCUCCACAGAGGGUGAAGACCGGGAGGAGGAAAACAAAAUGGGUGAAAGUGACGAAGACGGGCAGGGAGAGGAGCCUGUGAGUGCUGCAGGGGAGGUGGGAGACAUGAGGGUGGGAGAGGAAACAAAGGUGGGUGGCAGAGAGGGAGAGGCAGAAAGUAAAGUAGAGGCGGCGACUCUGACAAGCAGCUGCAGUUUUCGAGAUUUGGGUCCUGAGGCUCGAUUACGGAGAAGGGGAAUCCGUAAAACCACUGAAAGAAGAACUGGAGAGCUUGUAGAAGUGGAAGAAGAGGAAGGUGUUGGAAGGGAUCGCAGAACCAGAAUAUUCUCUACAACAGAUGAUGAGGAUGCUGGGAGCAAAAGCUGGGGAGAAGUAGAGCUGAGGAAUGUUUUGGAAACAAUCGACAGACGAAAGAGGAAUUCAAGGUUUUUCAAUGCUGCCCAGCUCUACCAGCAGUACAGCGAGGCUGCCCAGAACUUUGAGAUCCUGCGCCAGGCUCGCCCUGAUGUCACCUCUGUGUGCGAGGACAACACACCAUCACCCGCGCCCUCGCCUCCUCCUGCCCGCAGACCUCUGCCUCCUCUACCCCCUGUCCCGCACCCGCACUCCUUGACCCACACAGGCUCCAUCACCAGUGGCAAUAGCUUGCCUCUCCCCGAGCCCCCCAGGAGUGAAGGCAGGCCUUCCUCCCCACGUCUGUCCAUCUGUCUCUCGCAGUCGGCCACACUGUGGCGGGACCUGCCGGGGGUCAGGAACAGUGUUGAGCUGGAGGAGCUCACAGAGGACCAGAGGAGACUACAGGAGGUCAGAUUUGAGGUGGUAACUUCAGAGGCCUCCUACUGCCGGAGUUUGGACAUUGUUGUUGGACACUUUGUCAAGUCCAAACAGCUGGGGUCGCUGUUAACCACUCAAGAUAGAAACUGGCUAUUUUCCAGACUUGCUGACGUCCGUGCAAUCAGCCACAGUUUUUUGUCAAAGCUGGAGGAGCGGGUGGAAUCAGACAUGAUGCAAUUCACCGUGUGUGAUAUCAUCGCUCGGCACUGUCAGCGCUUCAAAAUGGUUUAUGUCCCCUACCUCACCAACCAGUCCUACCAGGACGCCACCUACCAGAGACUCAUGAACGAGAAUGCUGGGUUCAAGCGGAUUGUGGAGAAAUUAGAGAGGAGUCCUGUUUGUCAGAGGCUUCCUCUUCGCUCUUUCCUCGUCCUUCCCUUCCAGAGGAUCACAAGAAUUAAGCUGCUGGUCCAGAACAUUGUGAAGAGAACAACCCCUGGUACUGCGGAGGCCACACAGGCCAUCAAAGCUAUGAAACUUCUGGAGAAACUGAUUCAAGAGAGUAACGACAGCAUCACUCAGAUGAAAAGCAUUGAGUCGCUGGUCUGUCUCAGUGCGAAGGUGGACUUUGAGUGCAGGACUCUCCCUCUGAUCAGUCAGUCUCGGAGGCUGGUCCGGGAAGGGCUCGUCACUGAACUGAUGGAUUUCUCUCUUAAGGAUACUGAGAGGAAUAUUUAUUUGCACCUGUUCAAUGACUAUUUGCUACUUUCACUACAAAAAGAAGGGGGAAGGUUCACAGUAAUAGACCACGCUCCUGUGUCCGACCUGCGGGCCGAGAACUGUCGUGUCAAGCUUCACUCCCUCCAGAAGAACUUGUUCCGGCUGCACAUGACACACAGAGCCCUCCUGCUACGGACUGACACACAGAGUGAUAAGCUACGUUGGAUAUCCGCUCUUUCCCGGCCGCAUGCUGAAAUUGAUUUUUCUGCCGCACAAGAUUUUAAACAGAUGCAGUGUAUCCGAGCUUUUCUCGGCCAGCAGCCUGAUGAGCUGUCAAUGGAAAAAGCUGAUAUCAUUCUAGUGCACCAGCAAAGCAGUGACCAUUGGGUAGAAGGGACGAGGCUGUCUGAUAGGCAUCGUGGAUGGGUGCCCGAGUCCCAUUUGGAAACCAUAACCAACUCUAGAGUCCGGCAACGCAACCUGUCAGAUGCCCUCAAACUAACGACGGCCACAGCUGCUGUUUGACGAGGAUGCUCAGACUAAAGAGAGGGACGUCUUGAAAGCACAGUAAAGGAUGAGACUCUCAGUUGUCUGCUUCUACCUGCUGGAAAAUGGACUAUGGACAUUUAGUGCCCCGAAUGGGGAUUUUUGUCGUUGAAUUGUUCACAAUGCAGCAACUGAAAUGCUGUGAGAAUGCAUCUCAGUGUAGCAUUGGGUCUCACUUGAUUCACUCAGUGGAGCAAUAUAUUGCCUAAGAGCAAUGCGUGGACUGCUGAGGCCUGCCUGAAAGGCAUUAAGGACAUUGUGACUCUAUUAACUGUUAUCUACAGUACAUUACUAAUAGUGUGUGUGCUGUAAUACAUUAAUGGACUGGUGUUAUACAAAAAAAGUGUUUUAAAGGGAAAUUAUCUUUUUUUUUCCAAGAAAUGCUGUAUUUGGAAAAUGUAUUAUAAUGUGUGUAUAUUGGAGAGAAUCUUAACAGUUGAGUGUGUGUGGUGCAUGUCUGUUAAAAAGUUGGCCCCUGCAUGCAGGAGAGCUGACAGGAUUCAUGCAAAAUGUAUAAGGCGAUUUAAAGAUGUACAGAGCUUACACAGUGAGGACAAUGACAUUUCAAUAAAUUUAGACUGGUGGAAUAAAAUCACUUUUGAACAUGC